AUGUUUGAUUUAGAGCUAGAACAGCUUGACGUGAAGACAAUGUUUCUUCAUGGUGAUUUGGAGGAACAAAUCUUUAUGGAGCAACCUGAAGGAUUAAAAGUGUAUGGAAAGGAAGAUCAAGUUUACUUGCUCAAGAGAUUGCUUUAUGGUCUUAAGCAAUCUUCCAGACAGUCGUACAAGCACUUCGACUCUUUCAUGGGGCGGAUUGGUUAUUCAAGAAGUGAGUAUGAUUGUUAUGUUUAUUUUAAAGUUCUUGAUGAUAAUUUCCUUAUUCUCUUGAUGCUUUAUGAUGAUGACAUGCUCAUCGCUGCCAAUAAUGCAUGUGACAUAACUUCUCGCAAGUCUAUAUUAAGUUUUGAGUUUGAUAUGAAAGAUCUAGGCGCUGCUAAUAGGAUCCUUGAUAUGGAGAUUCAUAGAGAUAGAAGUACAAGUAAACUCUAUGUAACUCAAAAAAGGCCGGAUUUAUCUCAUGCUAUCAGUGUUGUUGGUCGACACAUGAGUAAUCUUGGAAGGGAGCAUUGGAAUGCUAUUAAGUGGAUUCUCAAAUAUCUAAGCGGGACGUCAGAUCUCGAAAUUAUGUUCAGCAUGAAGAGAAGCUCUACAGAACUGGUGGGAUAUGUUGAUUCCGACUAUGCUGAUGAUUUAGACAAGCGAAGGUCUACUACAUGGUAUGUCUUCACACUAGCAGGUGGACCUAAGGCAAUGUUUCAACCCACGAUUACCUUGUCUACGACAGAGGGAGAGUACAUGACAGCAGUUGAGGCUGCAAAGGAAGCGAUCCGGUCGACUGGUUUGGAUCAUGAGUUGGGGGUGGAAGAAGAAGGUAUUGUGAGAAAGAAAUGCAUCCUGGAGCUAUUCAGCACAAAGAGGGUGCAAUCCUUCAGAUCCAUGAGAGAACAAGAAGCAGCACAUUUGGUGAGCUCAAUACGUUCAUCAUGCAGGGUGGGCGAAGUCGACCUCACCAAACUUGUAGGCCCUUUCGCUAAUGGCUUAAUGUGCCGUGUUGCAUUAGGGAAGAACUACUGCGCAGGUGGGGAGUAUGAGAGGGAGUUCAAGCGGAUGUUAGAAGAGUACCAAGUAUUGUUAGGAGGUUUUAGUUUGGGAGAUUUUUUCCCCUAUUUAGAAGGAUGGUUGAAUUUGAUCACCGGAAUGGCAUCGAGGAUGAAGAAGACUUUCGAGGAUUUUGAUCAAUUUUUUGAUCAAGUGAUCGAGGAUCACCGCAGGAAGGUUCCUGGUGGUGAGAACGAUGUGAAGGAUCAUUUUAUCUCAGCCACAAGAAUCUUACUUCCAGUUGUGGGCAUGACAGAGCUCAUUAGGAAUCCAAGGGUAAUGAAGAAAGCCCAAGACCACAUUAGGAGCAAAAUUGGACACAAAGAACAAAUCGAGGAGUGCGAUUUGCUAGAACUAGAUUACUUAAGAGAUGUAGUAAAAGAGAUCUUUCGGUUACACCCAGCUGCCCCGGUGUUGCUCCCUCAUUUAUCCAUGGAAGAUGUGAAGAUAGGUGAGUACAAUAUUCCAGCAAAAACCAGAUUCUUUGUCAAUGUCUGGGCAAUCGGAAGAAAUCCCAAAUCUUGGGAUAACCCUGAAGAGUUUUGCCCUGAGCGAUUUAUGAAUAGUUUGAUUGAUUUUAAGGGCCAAGACUUAGAGUUGUUACCAUUUGGUGUUGGUCGUCGGAGUUGCCCUGCCAUUACAUUUGGGGCAGCCACAGUGGAGCUUGCCCUUGCUAAUCUCCUCUACCACUUCAACUGGGAGCUACCCCCCGGGGUGAGACCAGAAGAAUUCGACUUGACAGAAGUAUUUGGUAUAACAAUGCAUAGGAAAGAACACUUAGUUGUCGUUGCCAAACCAUAUAACUGAUCGAUGAGCAUAACUUCUGUUUUUCAGUUGUGAUGUGCCUAUUGAAGUUUUAUUGAUGGUCAGGGGGUAACAAGUGCAAAUUGUGCGGACCAUACUGCCAUCCAUUUGCUGGGGAAGGAUAAUUAGGAACAGAGUCAUAUUCGUUGGAGCAUGUUAUUAGAGGUUAGGUAAAGGAACAUAGUUCCUUUCAGACUUCCCGUUGGAUUUCUGUAAACUUUUCAUGCUUGGGUAUCUUGGAAUUCAUGUGUGAUAUAAUGUUCAAAUAGCUAUAUGUGCUGUUAUUUAAGUGUACAGUACCUAGCUCCAUGGAAGACUUCAAACUCCAAUAUGUUAUGGCUUUUGUGUAAUUUUUAGACUCCCAUAUAUAAAAGAGCCCCUUUCAAGAUUUCCUUUUUAA